AUGGUCUACCGACAAAUUCAGGUCUUCCUGGCUGGUGGUACAACGCCAUCCUGGGAUGAGCUUUCGUUACCCGAAUUGCCAGUAGAUGGAGCAGACGUACUCCCCGAUCCGAAGCUUGUCCCCGAUCCGAAGCUUGUCCCCGAUCCGAAGCUUGUCGACGGUGCUGGUGAGAUCGAAGACGACAUAUACCGGCAUCCAGUCGUCCUCGAUGAAGACUCUGACAAUGAAAGAGGUGACGAACAUCUGUCGUCCGCAGAGCGUAGAAGGUACUUCGGAAUUUUUGAUUACACUGUUUGCAUCACACCAACCUUCGGGGACAUAGAUUAG